AUGAUCAGCCAACCCACAUCUUUGGAACGUCUCCGUCCCAAUCCUAUCAUUCAACGAGAUACCGAACUUCGUCCGGAAUUCGCCACCUCCGAGCAGGCUGUUUGGUCUGUGUAUUGGUCCCUGUUGGCCUACACCGCCCCCAUACAUCGAAUCUACAUGAAGUUCACGCUUCAGACAGAAGAGGUGCUUCCGUCGGAGAAGGAAGUACAAACGUAUCUCCGUUGUUUGCUUGACUUAUCCACCACUUGGGGGCCGAGUCUUGAAGUUAUACGUUCGUUGUGGAUAUAUUUCGGUCGUAGAUUGAUAUUCUGCCAUUUACUGCGAUCUGUCCCUAUUACGGAACUAUCAGAGCUGAUAAUCAUUGUCAAGGUAUCACUUCCAACCUUAACACGUCAAGGUGCUAUGCACUACCUGACACUAAUCGGACAUGUCUUAUGGGAAGUCCUAGCCAAAUUGCAAACCAGUAGUCGUCUGGAUGCGAUCAACGGAUUCUCUUCCGUGAUCCAUGCACUAGUCGAAAAUUGUCAAGGCAAUGCAACACAGGAAAUGCUUCACAAUUGGGAUAUGGGUCGACGAUGUACAACGCUUCAGGGAAUUCAAUUCAUCUCGCUUCUAUGCCGAUACUAUUGCAUGCGAACGGAAGCGAAGACAGCUUUCCGUGACAUGGCUAGCGGACUUGGUCAACUGGCCAGUUUGCAGAAUGUGUUAUGCCGAAGUAUCCUCGGUUCCAUAAAAUUAAGUGAUUCGGGUUCCGGUCCUUCUCGACUUGCCUUGAUGGGUUGGCGUUCGGAACUGGUCGACCUAUGCAUCCGUUUCGGUUACGAGCUGACCGAUGUCGGAGAUGAAUCGUCAUUUGUCACAACCGAUGAUUCCCUCGUCUCUUUCAUCGCUAUGUACCUGGAAUGUCUCUGGUCCGAUGUGUAUCCUGUGUUCAAAAAUCGUAUAUCUCGUCUUCGUGACCGUUCUCAACCAUUUUCUCGAAACACGGCACAGAAUUUGGCCAGUUUAGCUAUGCAGUUUGUCAGUGCGUGCACCACUCAACCCAUGGCAUCAAGCCCAGAUCACGAACGUAUUAUGACUAUGCUUGAAUUGUUCGCCAUGGACUCCUCCAUCGAUCCCGCGAUCGUGCUGAUAAUCACUUNACAACUGACCUCAGUCGGAGCGGACAUUCUGGCUCGCUUUCCAUCUGAUCUGGCUCAGCUUUUCAACGAAAUCGAUCCGGAAUACACCUUGAUCAGUAUUGCGGCCAAAUUUGACUUAUGUCCGACCUUUCAUGAACGAAUGGCCUAUAAAUCUCUUGCUGGUCGUCACCUCGGGUGCGUGUGCAAUGUGUUAUGUGACUGUUUUUCACUAUCAAAUCUGAUGGAGGAUAAACAGACCGGAUUGGAUCACACGCAGAUUCCGAAUUGUUCCCGUGAAACUCUGUGCUCGAUUGGCUUCCAGGCCGCUUCGCUACUGGUCCGACAUUGUGCUGUUUUACUGUAUUCCCCAGUGACCGGUGGUCCCAAUGGAUCGAGUCUGGAACAAGUGAUAGAUUCAUUCGUUCUCCCUCGCCAGCUGUACGAAUGGAACAAGAUCAAAUCCGGUCCACAUGGGACGAGCAAUGACCGACCGUUAUCGGCGCUGGCUAUCGAAUGCAUGCGCGACAAAUUUCCCGAAGUAAGUUUUUUCCUGAGUUCUCGUUCUAGCAGUUCACCCCGGAUGGGGGACGGCUGA